AUGUUGGAAGAAGCCACUAGCCGUAAGGGCGGCCAGUACGGGGGAGGAGGAGGCAGCCGGGCCGGCGGACGGGCCGGGGGAGGGGGAGGAUACUCCCGGGCCGUCAACAGGGUCACACCGGGAGAAAGGAUCGCCGUGACGGUGGGCGAGGCGGGGACUCCGCACUACGCCAAGCCGGGAGACGGGGUGGUGGUUGUCGCCUGGGGACGGGAGAUCAACCCGACAGGGGACAUGGUCACCUGCCCCGGCUGUGCCGACUGUCCCUGUCUGUGGGCUGAAAUUACACCAGAUCCCGCUGUUCCGGUAACCACCGAGCCUCCCCCUGUACCCGAGAAUGAGAGGAGGAGGUGUACCGGAAGUGCCGGUUACUGUCCAGGUGCACACGUGACCGGUGCGCGGUGUGUAGACGGUUUCUGUGAGUGCUCCGGUCAGGAAUACCAGAAAUACACCUGCUUACCGGUUGUCGGAAGCUGUGCAAUAUCACGUGACUCCAGCGACGCACGAGCUGUGCCUGGUUUUCAGUCCAGGUCGGGUGAGGUGUACAGUUGUGUAGCGGAGGACAACAGUCAGUAUGAAGUCCACGCUCUGGCCGUGUAUGAAGGCUACGGACCACGAAGGGGUUUCCAACAGGAGCCAACAGGGGGAGCCACAAUGAACGUGUACGUCACCGCGGACCGGCUGGCCAAGCCUGUCGUGUUUGUGUUGAGUUCUUACGAGCCUGUCAACUGGGUGAUCCAUCUACCGGAUGAUGUCGAACUUCAUAGAGUUGACCUGAUGGCCUACUAUCUCACGCAACAUACCAGUGUGACCGUGCGACGUGGAUCAGUCAAAAGGGUGCUACGCCUGUCUGGUCGGAUAGGGGGCGUCCCUGCGUGUGCGUACGGGAAAGACGAAGGCGGUUGCGACACACUGGAGCUGUUGAAAUACAUCCAAGAAACAUUUGGACCCGUGACGUCUUUCACCGGAACAUAUAGGGCGGCGCAGUGGAGUUUGCGCAUAGGACAACCUCCUGAAGAGUCGAUUCCGCCUGGUCAGGUGCCAUGUUGGACUGGCUCCCAGUGUGACGCAUGCCCAUCCGGGAAUGUAGGGAGCGUGAACGGUGACAAGCGCUGCUGUCCGAACUGCGCCGCUCAAGGUUUGAUACUGUCACCCUCCUUCUGCUUUUGCCGCCGGACGCCUGAAACAGAUGAAGAUGGCGAGGGAGGAGAAAUAUUAGACACAGGAAGUGACGGUUCUAAAGGACAAGUUAAGUUCACCAGGUCCGGAGUAUUUGUUGUUCCUGACGGGGUGACCGCCGUUGACGUCAUCUGUAUCGGAGGUGGGGGAGGGGGGCGUGACGACCAUGCCGAGAUCCUGGGGGCCUAUCCGUACGGCGGGAACGGCGGGAAUUCUUCCUUCGGACGGUACCUGACGGCGGAGGGAGGGAAAGGCGCCAAGGCGGGAAACGCCGGCGGAGAGGGUGGGAAAGGGACCGUGGCGGACGGAGGACAGGGCGGGGUUGGAGGCGGGUGUAGCGCAGGCGCAGGAGCUGCCGGACAGACAUCAGGAGGCGGAGGCGGGCUGGUGCCGGGAUCCUCCACACACCCGUUCUGUGGGGCAGGGGGCAGCAGCGGCGGGUCCUCCUGCGGAUCCGAGUUUGAGGAUAUGCCUCCAGGUAAAUCUGGACCUGGAGGUGAGGAACCAACAAGCCGUAAGGGCGGUCAGUACGGGGGAGGAGGAGGCAGCCGGGCCGGCGGACGGGCCGGGGGAGGGGGAGGAUACUCCCGGGCCGUCAUCAGGGUCACACCGGGAGAAAGGAUCGCCGUGACGGUGGGCGAGGCGGGGACUCCGCACUACGCCAAGCCGGGAGACGGGGUGGUGGUUGUCGCCUGGGGACGGGAGAUCGACCCGACAGGGGACAUGUUCACCUGCCCCGGGUGUUCCGACUGUCCCUGUCAGCAAACUGACGCUGUAACAACACAAGCUCCAGACCCUGCAGAAGUCACCGUUCCGGCGACGGUAGAAAGGGCCCGCUGCAUCGGGAGCAGUGGGUACUGCUCGGGGGCUCGCACUACCGGGGCCAGGUGUGUCGAUGGGUUCUGUGAAUGCACGAAAAAACACUACCAGCGGUACACGUGCUUACCGGUUGUUGGGAGCUGUGCCAUAAGACGUGGAUCUGAAAAUGCGGAGGCCUCCCAGGCUGCAGAACAGACCUUCAGCUGUGUCGCUGAUGACAACAGCCAGUAUGAAGUGCACGUGCUGGGGGUGUACGAGGGGGUCGGACGCAGAAGGUUGGCAGGGGAGAUGAACGUACACGUGACCACAGGCCAGGUCUCAAAACCUCUGGUCUUGGUGUUUAGCUCGUACGAGGCGGUCAACUGGGUGCUCCACCUGCCGGAGGACGUGGAAGUGCACAAAGUGCUUCUGAUUUCGUAUAAUAUCGACAAAAGUGACGUAACUCUGCGGAGGGGUUCCGUGAACGAUGUGCAGCGCCUGUCAGCUAGGACAGGGGGCGUUCCUGCAUGUGCAUAUGGGAAGGACGACGGAGGCUGCAAGACUGUGGAGAUGCUGAAGUACAUCAAAAGACAGUUUGGACCCGUCUCGUCUUUCGCUGGAACAUACAAGACAGACAGAUGGAACUUGAGAAUUGGUUCAGUAGAAGCGACGCCGUCCCCUAAGCCUCCUCCCCGAUGUGAGCCGCUCCAGGUACGGCUGUGUGAGGGGCUGGGGUACAACAGAACGUACCUGCCGAAUCUAGUAGGGCACGAGUUACAGCAAGAUGCGGAACUCCAGCUGCAAACCUACACACCUUUGAUUCAGUACGGCUGCUACGAGCAUUUAAAGUUGUUCCUAUGCUCGAUGUACGCGCCUCCUUGCGGAAGUCCCCCGCCAUGCCGCUCCUUCUGUCUUGCCGCCAAGCGCGAUUGCCUACCCGUCUUGUCCGAGUUCGGCUUUCCGUGGCCGUCAGCUUUGGACUGUGACAAAUUACAAGAUGUGACUUGUGAGGAGCCAGAGGAGGAAGAGGAGGAAGAGGACCAGGAUGAGGAAGAAUACCACGUGAAUAAGUGGACGGUGUCCCCCACCGGUUGCCCAUGCUGGUUUAACGAGAGCAGGGAAGACUGUGCGUGCUGUGCAGAUGGAGGUUGUCAGUGCGACGAAGGAACCGACAUGCACUUGUGCGUAGAGUGUAACAGUGACCAGCAGUGCGAGGCGGAACCGUGGGAGAUUACCGGUACAGGGUGCGAAUGUUGGUUCGACACAUCCAGACAGGACUGUGCGUGUUGUAGGUACGGUGGGUGUCAAUGUGACGAAACCAGUCCCCACAGGUGCGCCAGGUGUGGGGACGACUGCGGGAUGGACAUGUGGACUCUGACAUCUGACGGGUGCGCCUGCGAAGACGACGACACCAGGGACGGUUGUGCUUGUUGUAAAGAUGGCGGUUGUCAGUGCGGAGGCACACAGUCGCAUAGAUGCGUCCAGUGCGGCCAUGAAGAUGAGUGUGGUGGUGACAGUCACUCAUCGACUGCGCCUCCUGACCUGCCCACUACCCCGUCACCAGAGACACCGCCCACCUUCGCCGAACAGCCGGCCAACACCACUGUGGAGCCGGGGGAACAGGUCAUCCUGCCGUGCCGUGGGAACGAGAUCAACGGAGAAGAGCCAACCUCCACUUGGUUGAAAAACGGGAACGAGAUUUCUGGCUUCAUGGGAGGGAUUUUCCCGCUGGCCACUGGUGGGCUGCUGGUGAUAGUGGACGAACAGAACAAGGGAAAGUACACAUGUAGGCUCGACUUUAACGGUAAAACAGCGGAGGCUACUGUGUGGGUUACUUUCACUUCUGACAGGCCCACCGGACAGCUUCACUUCACGGAGAAACCAGAAGAUCAGGAAGUUCCGUUCGGCGGAAACGUCAUCUUCAAGUGUAAGGCAUCAGGCGAGAACACAGUGGUUUGGCAAAAGGACAGAAUGCCGGGCUCCGAGUUCAUCGACGGACGUCGGGUCAUCCAGCAUCGGGACGACCUGUUCAUCACGGCGGCCAUGUUGUCUGACGUAGGAACCUAUACCUGCAGGGUGUUCAACGAAAUUACCGGCCAAUUCUUGGAGGCUUCUGGUACUUUGGAAGUCAUCGUACAACUAGAAAACGUUUGUGGAAGACCCAUCCAUCGUCAGGCCCCGGACAGCUACAUCGUUGGCGGCACGGACGUGGCCCCGGGCGCGGUCCCGUGGAUCGCCAUGCUGUGGGACAUCCGCCCCGGCAGGAACCGCUUCUUCUGCGGCGGGAGUCUGCUGACGGCGGAGUGGGUCGUCACUGCCGCACACUGCAUUCUGGAGGGGGAGGUCACCAAGGACGACUUCAUCAUUCGUCUCGGGAAACUCAGCUCCGAGCGGGGCAUUUUUGAAGAAAACGAAAGAUCCACAACAGUGCAAGAAGUCAUCAUCCACCCAAACCACGACCCGAACAAUUACGACAUUGACAUCGCUCUUGUUCGUCUUGCUGAGAGGAUCGCUUUUACCGACUACAUCCUGCCGGUGUGCCUCCCCACGGUAGAGGACGCCCGCCGACUGCUCACAGCGCUGCCCGUGGGCUCCAUCAGCGGCUGGGGCAGGACCAUGCAGGAUGGUACAUUUUCGUCUUCGCUGAAAGAGGUCAACGUACCGAUCAUACGCCAGGGUAAAUGCCGGAGAGCCCAUGCGCGCUAUGAUGUAACAAAGAACAUGUUCUGCGCCGGCAGUGAAACCGGAGGGAGGGACUCCUGUGAUGGCGACAGCGGAGGACCAUUUGUAGUCUACGAUAACGGGAAGUGGAACUUGAUAGGAAUCGUUAGUUGGGGUGACGGCUGCGCACUGAGAGACAAAUACGGCGUGUACACCCGAGUGCACAGGUUCCGCGACUGGCUGCAGGAGUACAUCGGUGAGGAAUAGCUAGGGGGCGCCAUUGCACAGCAGGAGCCAACCUUACACUACAGCAAAGGGAUACUUCCAUUGCUUUGGAAAAUUGAAAGAGCCAAAACUUGAAGAUUGAUGAAAAGCUGCUAUGAACAAAGUUACCAACGAUAUCGGUACGUCUGGACAAUCCAGCACCCGUUUCUUGAAGAAAAUGUACAUGUCUUAACAAUCAUACAGUAAUUUGACAAUUUAACAGAAAACCAGCACGAUAUUUCUUCAUCUACGUCUUUUGAUAUGAUAGUCUGUCUGUCUGACUUUGGGAUCUGACAGCUAGGUUUUAUCUUUGUAGUAAUUGCCGAGUUAAACGUGCAAAUAAAGGGAGCGUUGUAAGUAAAACCCUUCUAACCCUGAA